ACAUGUUUCUUCAUGGCAAGACAAUGUUACCUCCUUCGUUGCUUUCCUUUUGUCCAUUCUCUGUGACUGUGAGUGCAUUGCUCCAUUCUCUGCAUCAAUGGAAGAACAAGUUGGUCAUCAUGUUGGUCUAAUGGACCACCAGAGCCUGUUGCAUGGAAUCAGAAACACUCAGGAAGGUCUAGAUGUGAAACAGAGUGGGAAUACAGAGAUCAAGAGAGGUCCUUCCAUAAUAUUAGGAUUUGUUUUCUUGGAGAGUUUAGGGGUUUGUGGCAUUUCUACUAAUCUAGUUAUAUAUCUCAGUAGUAUUCUCCAUGAAACCAAUGCUUCAAUUGCAAUGAAUAUCACAACUUGGACUGGAACAAGUUACUUCACCCCCUUUCUUGGUGCUCUAAUUGCAGACUCUUACUCAGGGAGUUAUAAGAUGAUCUUGUUCUCAUCUUUGCUGUACUUGAUUGGUAUGGGAACAAUCACAUUGUCGGCUUCGAUUCCUUACUUCAAGCCACCAUCUUGUGCAGGAAAUUUAUGUCCUCCAGCUAACAAUGUUGAGAAGUUAAUAUUCUACUCUGGUUUAUACCUCAUUGCCUUUGGCAGUGGUGGUGUGAAAUCAUCAUUGCUACCUCUCGGCGCAGAUCAAUUCGACGAAGAUAAUCCAAUGGAAGUGCAGAAAAAAGGAUCAUUUUUCAACUAUUUCUAUUUCUGCAUGAAUGCCGGCGCUCUUGCUUCAAGUACUGUUAUUGUGUGGAUAGAACAGAAUAUAGACUGGGGAAUUGGAUAUGGUAUCUCAACACUCUGUAUUUUUUUAGCAUUCACAUGCUUCCUUAUUGGCACAUCUACUUUCAGACUGCGAGAGCCAGGUGGUAGUCCAUUAAAGAAUGUCUUUCAAGUUUUGGUUGCUUCAUUCCAAAAACGAAAACUUAGAGUGCCAUCAGAAAACAGGUUCUUGUAUGAGGUCGAAGACAAUAACCUCAAUCCUCGAAGAACUCAUCGGCUUGAUCACACUGAUGAGUUCAGGUGCUUAGACAAAGCUGCCAUUGUAUUGAAUUCAGAUAUGAAAGAAGUUGAUUCUUGGAGUUUAUGUACAGUCACUCAAGUCGAAGAGUUUAAGGCAUUGCUACGGUUGUUACCAAUAUGGGUAGCUGGAAUCAUCUACUCAGUCUCUUAUGCUCAGAUGUACACAACUUUUGUUGAACAAGGAAAAGCAAUGGAAACCGGACUUGGUUCUUUUUCCAUCCCUCCGGCCUCUCUUUACGCCUUUGAAGUACUUACUGUCAUGCUCUGGGUACUAUUCUAUGACACAGUUAUUGCAACAAUAGCUAGAAGAUAUCUCGGUGACGGUCAUGGGCUCACUCAGCUCCAGAGAAUGGGAAUUGGCCACUUAUCCAUCAUCAUCGCAAUAGCAACCGCCGCAAUAGUGGAGAUGAAGAGGAAGGAGAGUGUGAACAAAGGCGAACCGAUAAGUAUACUAUGGCAACUCCCUUAGUUUUUUCUGAUGGCUUGCUCUGAAGUAUUCACUUACAUCAGCCAGCAUGAGUUCUUCUACGAUCAAGCCCCCAAUAGUAUGAAGAGCAUGUCUACUGCCUUAUCAAUGUUAUCGAUAUCAUUAGGCAAUUAUCUGAGUUCACUCAUUGUGAGCCUCAUCGCUCUUGUAACGACAUCAAAGGGAUUCUGCCGGAUGGAUACCGGAUGAUAUGAACAAGGGACAUCUUGAUUAUUUCUUCUGGUGGUUAGCAGGGUUUAGCUUCUUGAACUUCAUGGCCUACAUUUCUUUUGCAAAGAGGUUCACACUGAAGAGAAGAGUCUUUGUUUGAAUGAAGUCUGUUGAACAUAUGCAGUUAAAAUAAUAAAUCUCAAGGACUAUUAUAAUUGGAUUUGGCGCAAUACUUUUUAAUGGCGAAGAUCUCACUGUGCUGUUUGUGAACAUUCAUUUCAAUUUAUUUUUUUCCCAUUGUGCAGCUCAUUUGAUAGUACAUCUUUAUAAUAAUUGGCAUGAAUGAUAUCAUCCAUGGGCAGAGGAAGUAUUGGAAAGUCAAAAAGCAGCGAUGCAGGCAUUAUUAUGUUCUACACACAUGGAUUUAGUAUGACUUGUAACUUAUUUUACUUGUUUUGGCAUGGAUUUUUUGUGCAUGUUUUGAGAAGCAUGUAGAUUUUCCUCUUUUUACUGUCAGUUCUUAUCAGAGAACCAGACAAGCUGCUUUGUAAUUAACAGAUAAUUUAAUAGA